CUGCCAUGCAUUGCUUGGAUGAAACUUGCCAUGGCCUCCGUGAAGCCCUGGCCACUUUGCGGCGACGAAUCAACUUGCUGCGCGGCGACUCCUCCAGAAGCUGGCUGGGCCGCAAGGAGUACUGGGACGCUGCCUAUGCGUCGGGACGUUACAAGGAUAGCUAUGAGUGGAAUCAAACCUGUGAAACGAUCUGGCCGUAUGUGCUCAACACCCUGGAGAGUCGCUUGGAUGCGAAGAUUUUGCACGUGGGAUGUGGCAACAGCCGACUGGGCCGCAUGCUCCAUGAUGACGGGUACAUCAAUGUACUGAACGUUGACUACAGUCGGGUGGUGAUCAAGAUGAUGCAGCAAAGCCAGCCCGAAUUGCAAUUCCUUUGCGUCGACUGCGCAGAGAGCGGGGCCUUGGGAGAAGCUGAUCAUUUCGACUUCUGCGUAGAUAAGGGUGCCAUUGAUUCCUUGUUUGAGUCCAACUGUGAUUCGAUGUGGCAGCAGGGAUGCGCGAUGAUCCAGGAGAUUCAUCGGGUCUUGAAACCAGGUGGAAAAUAUCUGGUGAUCAGCAAUGGCGGCAUCGGAAGUGAUGUGCUGAAGGCCACCUUUGGUCACAUGCAGAGUGAGGAAAUCGAAGGUUAUGCCUGCGAUUUGUACUACAAACUCAUCACCAUCAUUGUGUGUACAAAGUGAUUUCACAUGGGCAGUGACUCAAAAACCUUGGCGUUGAUGAUCUGUG